AUGAGUAAAUUCUGCAUACCAUCAAAGCCAUGUUUGAUGAUUUGCAUUGUGUUAAUGGCACUUUUAGGGCCUAUGAGUGAUGCAAAAAAAUGUCCUUUUGAAGCUAUUUUCAACUUUGGAGACUCAAAUACUGAUACAGGAGGCUUUUGGGCUGCUUUCCCUACAGAGAGGCUUCCCUUUGGCAUGACCUACUUCAAAAGGCCUUCUGGAAGAGCAACUGAUGGAAGAGUCAUCAUUGAUUUCUUAGCUCAAGGUCUGGGGCAGCCAUUUGUGAGCCCAUAUCUGCAAUCAAUUGGAUCGGAUUACAGACAUGGGGCAAAUUUUGCAACAUUGGCAUCCACAGUGCUCCUGCCAAACACGUCCUUAUUUGUUACUGGGGUUAGCCCAUUUUCAUUGGCCAUCCAGCUUAACCAAAUGAAGCAUUUUAAAGUCAAAGUCGAUGAGCUUCACUAUUCAGGAAAAACCAACCUUCCUCCACCAGACAUUUUCAGAAAAUCCCUCUACACAUUCUAUAUAGGCCAAAAUGACUUCACUGGAAACUUGGCAUCCAUUGGUAUAAGGGGAGUGAAGAAGUAUCUGCCUCAAGUAAUUUCCCAAAUCGCUAGCACCAUCAAGGAGAUUUAUGCAUUAGGAGGGAGAACAUUUUUGGUUCUGAAUCUUGCACCAAUAGAAUACAACAGUAUGCUGAAAGAAGCUAUGAAAAAAACCAGAAAAGAUCUCCCAAAAGCUGAAGUUAUCUAUGUUGACAUUCACACUGUGAUGCUGAAGCUAUUCCAACACCCCACUUCUCAUGGAAUGACAUAUGGAACCAAAGCAUGCUGUGGAGAAGGAGGUGGUGCCUACAAUUUCAACCCUCAAGUUUACUGUGGAAACAGCAAAGUGAUCGAUGGUCACACGCUCAAUGCCACAGCUUGCAGUGAUCCACACAAUUACGUAAGCUGGGAUGGAAUCCAUGCCACAGAAGCUGCUAACAAGCUUGUGGCAUAUGCCAUUCUCAAUGGCUCUUAUUCUCAUCCUGCUUUUUCACUUUACAACUACUGUGAUAUUCACCCAUUUACUUGA